UGAAAUGACGCAUACAUGAUUGUGGAUAUGGAGUCAGUUGUAUAGUAGAACAGCAGAACAAUGCAUCAUUUAGAUUUGCUAUUAUUGUUGUGUUUCAUGCUUCUACUGUUAAUAUUAAUCUUGCAACACUGCAAAGAGUACCACAAGUAAAUGUGCAAAUGUAUGUUUACAUACGUAGUAUUGGUUUCUUUUUAAUCGGGGUAUCUGGUUCCAGAAUUACAAUAUCACUUUCCCUUUGGAUCCAUGGGAUUUGGUGGACUGACGAGCAAAAAAACAAGAUAUUGUAAACCAUUCUCUGACUACUAAAAGGUGAAGUGAAUUUAACCCAAUAUCUUUUCAUCCUGGUACCUGUUUGUAGGUGGGAUUUAUUUGGCUUCAAGUGAACAGUCUGCCCUAAAACAAAGGUUAAACGCAGGAAAAAAUGGGAAACCACAAGAAUUAGAGCAAGUAUAGAACUUAAUGCUGGUGUUGAUAGAAGCGUGUCAGACACCAUAGUACCUUACAGUUUGUUGUGUGUGAGUCUGCAUAGCUACAGACUAGUCAGCCUGACCAUAGGUCUUACUGUUAUACCUGUUUAAUAUAUGCUAUGAUUUUAUUUGUAUAAAUCUGGGAGAUAUUUGACCAAAAUGUUGUUGCUCUCCAACAUGAUCAUCAAUACAGCAUAUAAAAUAAUAAAUGAUUUAUAAUUCAUCCAAAUAAUGCUAAAAAGAAUCGGUACAAUGAAGUUACUGUUUGUUUCUCUCAAAAUGGUGUCCUUUUCUUGUUUUUUAACUAUCUGCUUAUUUUUCUUCUUGGAUGUAAUUUUUUUUCAGAUACUAAGAAAUAACACUGAAAAAGUACAGACCUACUCAUUUAGGAUGUUUGUGGGAACACCUCUUGAUAGCAGUUCAACCUCUCCUGUCCAAGAACACAGUCCAGACCCUAAAAGUCCAGACUUUGAGUCAGAUUGUGCUUCAUCUUCUCUUCCACAUCAUUCGCUUCCCUGCUGGGCAACCCAGGCCCAGAGUGACCUCGCCCAGGCCAAGGAAGAGUUAUGUCAGAUACAGGUCCGUCAUGUAACUGAGAUUGGCACAGUUAGGCGGGGUGUUGAACGGGCAAUCCUCGGAGUACGUAGUGAGGAGCGACGCCUGCUGGAGAGGGUGGAGCAGGACCAUCGGGACACUGAGCAGCGUUUAGAGCAAGUCCAGAGGGAGAACAUAGCAGCCGCGAGGGUUAGCCAGUCUCUGUUGGAGCAAAGGUUUGAUAAAUUGGUUAAGUUUCAACAACAACUCCAGACAGUGGAUCAUUCUGUUCUAUCUACAAAUGGACCAAGCAAAAACCCCUUACUGAAGGAAAUAUCAGAAUUUCUACAACCCUGGGAAAUCUCUGUUUCACUUAAGAAAGUGAUCUUUAAACCAAGCUCCCAACCUAAUGCAGUAACCUUUGGAGACAUUCAAGUGCAAGAGCAAAAUCUAUGUCUGAAUGUUGGAGGCUGUGGACCACAGGGAAAGCUGUGUGCUCUACAUUCACAAGAAGUGCACCAUGAAGACAUAAAUCAUCAAAGUAGAGGGGAAAAAAGCACUAAAAGACAGGGUUGGGCAUCACCAAUAGGCAGGGUGGUCAGAAGGAUCAGCCUCUCAAACCGUAGUGAUCUAGAGUCAGAGGAAGAACAGAAGCUUUCUUCUGCAAAGAUACGUCGCUGGCUUCCUAAAUGUGAACAGUUUGACUGGGAAACAUCCCAAGUUAAUGAGAUGGAAACAAAUUGCUUUGAUUUACAAGGGGAAGAUGGAUUUCUGGCUGUUCCUUCAGUUCUUAAAAAUAGGGACAUCAAAGCAAAGGACACAGUAUACAGGAUGAACACUGAUGGCAAAUAUUGCUCACCCACUAAUCAGAGAAGGAUGCUUUCUGUGGCCUCUAGUAGAAAACUAUCCCCUUCCCCUGAAAGAAGAGAGUCUGCUAAGAUAAGUCAUCGCUUGAGUCCAGAUAGCAGGGGUGGAGAUAAAGGAAAAGGGAGUCAUGAGUCCAGUAGUAGACCUUCGUAUUAUGGAGGCAGUACCCUAACAUCUCCAUGGUUGACUACGAGAGAUCACUUGGUCAGUCAAAGCUGUCUAGAUAUUACCUCCAAAGUAAGAUCUCACUCUCGUCUUAGCCAGUCUUCUGAUGAACACUCUUUGGGGACACUUGGCGACUCUGGUCGAGCACCAUCUCCAGCAGAUAGCCUUGACUCCACCUAUACCUUCAUUGUUAGCCCUUCACAUGACUUCAGUCUGAGCAAAGGCUCUUUGAAUCACAGUUUUCACCUUUCCAAGUCAGCAGUGGACUUAACACAUGAGACAAGGCCGUUGAUUUGUAGUGGCGCAAAUAAACAAGAUUUGUGCAGUGUAAAGAGUGGCAACUUCAGCUCCAUGUUGAGCUCCACCUCAGCCUCACCGGCUCUAAGCCGAGGAUUUAUGGUUUUUGACAGGGGUCAGUUCCUCUCAAACCCUAAAUAUAUUGAUAAUACCAUCUUGCCACAGAAAAACACCACAACAACUGGAUUAAAACUAGUCCCUGUGGCUAGGUCAUUAUCCAUGCCAGUCAUAGAUGGUUCCUCUCAAGAGCAAAAGAGAGGUAGAGGGGAAAGAGGAGAGCAUGCCCUGGUGGAGUUAGAGGAAGAGGUUGAUCCAUCGUUUAUGGUGUUUAACACAAGCAGUGUUCAUCUCAUGGGACAGUUUGGGAGGCAGGGUUCAGGCCGGGCUGACCUUACCCUGCCAAGUGGUAUCCAUGCCACACCACAGGGGCAACUCUUUAUAGUUGACUGCGGAAAUGCACGUGUCCAGGUGACUGAUCCUCAGGGGAAUGUCCUUCAGCAAGUGACUUCUCCAAACGUCAGUGGCUCCUUCAGACGAUGUCGAAACUACUUUGACAUUGCUGUCAAUGCCAAGGGUCUGAUUGCCUUAAGCUGUGCCGCGGAAAGAGCUUUGCUUGUGUUCAGCCGACAUGGCCGCCUGCUUCAGACCUUUGGAGGUUCUGGGUUGGGAUCUGCAAAAGAUGAACUGGAAGCUCCCAGAGGGGUGACUGUAACCAGACUAGAUGAAUUUUUGGUUGCUGAUAUACGGAAAGGUACUCUCAUUGCCCUGAAGCUUGACCAUAAAACGGGCUCCAGGCUUGAACGCACAGUGGUGACCGGAUUCCACAGGCCUUACUUGGUGGCAGCCUGUUGGAGCUCAGGUCUGGUAGCUGUGUCCGAAAGGGGCAACGAAACUGGACACGUGCCUUGCAUCAAAGUGCUGGAGCCAGGUUGGAACACAGUGAGAGUUCUUGGUGUAUGUGCUGGUAUGGGACCAGUCCUUACAUGUCCCUGGGGUAUAUGCAUAGAUAAUGACAGCAAUAUCUUAGUUGCAGACUGGGGAGAGCAGCACAGAAUUGUGUUGUACCCUGGUCAAGGCGUCGGGUGGCCCAUUGUAAACCAGGGCUUGAGUAGCCCACGUGGCCUGACCUUACUACCUGACGGGCAACUAGCUGUAUCAGACAGUAUGCAUCAUUGCAUUAAGAUUUACAAGUAUAAAGGGUCACAUGACUAAAAUACACUUCACUGACAUUUGAAGAGAAUGUUUAGCAAACCAUGUGGUGAGUUAAACAAUCACAUAUAAAAAGUGUAUUUCAUAAGAAAUACAAUUGAGGUCAGUCAUAUAUGCAUUUAUAAGGAUCAUACUAUGCCUGUAAAGUUUGAUGGAGGAAACGGUUUAAUUUGGUGUUGUAGGAAAUCUAAGACUCCUGUAUCUGCCUUUAUAAGUCCAUUGUGUCUGCUAAAAAAGAAGAAACUACACCUAUAAUGAAAACACUGUCUGGUGUUAAUCUAAUCUGCAAUUACUGGUAGUAUUUUAGUCUGUUUUUAUAUAUCAAGCUAAUCUGCAAGGAGUGUACAUCUUGUCACGGUUGCUAUUCUUCCAUUCAAAUUUUUUCACCUACAUUUUGUGUAAUUAUUACUUCCAACUGCAGCUCAGACACAAUUUUGAAAUGACAUCUUGAGCACAAAUCUAAAAAGUGAAAUACAGCUCAGAGUAAAAGUUACAAAGUCUUGUUACAUUCUUACAUGAUCAGUAUUUUGUGUAUUUUAUGCACUUCAGCUAAUUUCAAAAUUAAAUUUUGACUGUUUGAGUGCUUUAACUGCCAAAUAAUAUGUGCUUGUAGCAAAAAAAGAAAGCGAAACGUUUGUCAUAAUAAUAAUAACAUUAUUUAUUUCACUUUGCAAUAAAAAUCACUUGAAACUAUUUUACACUACAAUCCAAGCUGCAUACAGCUUAUGCAGUUUGAAAGCCUGUGAAGUGCACUCAAACAUUUUGUGACGUAGAAGUAGCAUUUAUGUCUGUUUUAGUGCUCUCUUUUUUUUGGUUUUAUUUAUGUAUUUCUUUUUUCUGUCUGUCACCAAUACUGAAUAUGUUUGGUGUGUUGUUUCUACAGCGAAUGUGUUUUGAUGCUGCCUUACUGUCUCUUUUUUCUGUUUGUCUAGACAACAUUUAGUAUAAAAAAAAAAGCCUUCUGGUUUUAUAAGUGUGAGCAUGACCAGGUAUCUCAGCUGUGUUCAUCUGAGAAGCUGAGGCUAAUUUAAGCGUAAUCAUUCAUUUUGGAUUGACAAGAGUCGAGAUGUUAUUGGACUGAUAGGCAUGCAAAUUGUAUUGCUUAUGAAUCGAUAAAUUAUUACUGCAAAAGAACAUUUUUUGGUCUAUCUUUUAAAAUCCUAAUCUCCAUUCUGUGUCUUUCAACCAAAUUUCAAGCUAAGAAAUGGUCGACUGGAGUAUCACUAUUUUACUUUAAUUAUAUUCAAAUGUUUUAUUAGAUUUUUCCUUUCUUACAUGAGUCUAUAACCCAUUCAGACCUGCAACGUCACUAUAUUUGGUAAAAUAAAGGAAUUCAUUGUUUAAGACAAACACAGUAUCUUGGAAGACAUUAACAUAUUUAUUAGAACUUGAUAACAAAGCUUCCAUAGGCUAUCAUUACGUUUGCAUUGUAAAAUACACUGCCCUCCGCAUGCUUGCCACCCCUAAUGUAUAAAAGGCUUUAAAAUGAAUCAUUGUUUUAUUGCAUUAAUCUCAGACUGAAGACUCAAACGUUUGGUUUCACAAGAGGGAUCUUGAACCAGUCCUCUUUGCAUCAUUUCUCCAACUUCUACUCUGCUCUCUUCUCUUCAGUUCAGCCCACGGGUUUUAGCAAAAGAUGCAUUUAUUUUAAAGCCAAUAAGUCAAUAAUUGUCGACACUCUAUAUUUUUUUGGAAACAUCUACAGCUUUUAUGUCUUUCAUCCUAAAACUAAUAAAUAUGCAAUCUAAACUAU